AUGGGCGCCCCGCAACACGACUUACAUUUUGUGGGCGCCAAACUCCAUUUAUCGUGGUUGUAUGGCUAUAAUGAAUUGCAUGGUCCUUCCGAACUCCUGCAUGUUUUCUCCUUUCUCAAAUAUAAAUCCUCAGCUUCAGCGAUGAAAAAUUUGGGUAAAAACAAGAAAAAGCAGUGGCGACAUUGUUGUGCAGGGUUAGAGGACAAGCUUGACGCGGCCAAGAAGCGAGAAACGAUCCAACCGAAUUUGUCUCUUCCGGCUGCAGGCCAGUCAUACAAUCCUAGUGUCGUUGAUCACUUUGCGUUAUUAUCCACACUGGGAGCAGAAGAGUGUAAAAAGCACAAACGCCAACAGAAAACCGAACGGUUCUUACGAGGCUUCACGGAAAACGCAAGGCAUCCCACCGAUCAGAUGGAAGAGGCCCGAACCUUUUUCCAUUCUCUAACUACGGAAACUCCCGCUCCCAAUGAUGAUGAUGGCGUAAGAAUCGUACAGCCAAAAGAAACGGAAGAGGUUGUAUUGCGCCGUAGAAGUCGGAAGCGCAAAAAGGUCAACAUGGCUGUAGAGUUAGAAAACAUUCCAAAGUUGUUGAAAGAGCUACGGAGAGAAAGCCAAGGUUGUUCCGCACGAAAAGCUAGACUUGCUGCGAAGAAAGCUACCCGGAAACGUGACCAGCUUGUGGACUGGGAUAUUCCGUUCCAAAUGCCCAACGAACUAGUCUCCUGCCUAAGGAAAGUCGUUCCCGAAACUGAUCUCUUACGAGAGUUGGAAAAGCGCAAGAACAAAUGUCCACGCGCUCGACGUACCCUAGGCCUGACGAAGAGUACGAAAGCUUACGAGCGUCGCCGAGUAACGACUUGAAGAUAAGCUCUUAACGGAAAUUAUAUAUGUAUAUAAGAACUAAUGUGCUA